CUGCACUUCAUGCUUCCUAGAAAGAGAGCUGCUGAAGUAGUGGUUGUAGAAGAAGAGAGUUUAAACAAGAGCAACUCAGGCGCUGCAUCGUUUCCUAGGAAGAAUCGGAUAGGCUGCUUCAUUGCAUCCUCGCCUGCUGAUAUCGCCGGUUCGACGGGGAAUAAUAGCAGACAGAGCUUAAGUUGCGGCAACGACAAGAACAACCACAGUAGCGGAUACUUGACUGAAGGAUCAUCGAUAAUGGCUUUGAGUGAUUCCAAUCCGAUCGAUAUUGACGAAGAUUUGCACAGCCGUCAGCUCGCUGUGUAUGGUCGCGAGACGAUGAGGAAGCUCUUCAUGUCUAAUGUCCUUGUCUCCGGGAUGCAGGGUCUUGGUGUCGAGAUAGCCAAGAAUCUCAUUCUUGCUGGUUUCAAAUCUGUGACACUGCAUGAUGAAGGGAAGGUGGAGCUUUGGGAUCUGUCUAGUAAUUUUGCUUUUUCAGAGAAUGAUGUUGGUAAAAACAGGGCAGUGGCUUCUGCUGGUACGUUACAGGAACUCAACAAUGCGGUUCUUGUGCAUAGUUUGACAACGAAGCUGACAAAGGAACAACUUUCUUAUUACCAAGCUGUUGUUUUCACUGAUAUUAGCCUUGAGAAAGCGAUGGAGUUCAAUGAUUACUGCCACAGUCAUCAACCUCCAAUUGCUUUCAUUAAAUCUGAAGUCAGAGGCCUUUUCGGCUCUGUAUUCUGUGAUUUUGGGCCGGAAUUCACUGUUUUUGAUGUUGAUGGAGAGGAACCCCAUACGGGUAUAGUUGCAUCAGUUAGUAAUGACAACCCUGCCCUAGUAUCCUGCGUUGACGACGAGAGGAUUGAAUUUCGGGAUGGAGAUCUUGUUGUAUUCUCUGAAAUUCAUGGUAUGACACAACUGAAUGAUGGAAGACCAAGGAAAAUAAGAAAUGCUGGCGCAUAUUCUUUUUUUCUUGAAGAAGACACUACACAUUAUGGUACCUAUGAAAAAGGGGGAAUUGUCACACAGGUGAAAGAGCCAACGGUGUUGAAAUUUAAGACACUCAGAGAAUCACUCAGUGAUCCUUAUGAUUUUCUUCUCAGUGAUUUUUCCAAGCAUGAUCACCCGCCACUGCUUCACUUAGCAUUCUGGGCUUUGGAUAAGUUUGUCUCCGAGUUUGGUCGUUUUCCUGUUGCUGGUUCAGAGGAUGACGCGCAGAAGCUUAUAUCUAUUGCCUGCAAUAUUAAUGACACCUUGUUGGAUGAGAAGUUGGAUGAUAUGAAACCAGAACUUCUGAGGCACUUUGCCUUCGGUUCUAGGGCAGUUUUGAACCCUAUGGCUGCCCUGUUUGGUGGUAUUGUUGGACAAGAGAUUGUUAAAGCAUGCACUGGGAAGUUUCAUCCACUUUUUCAGUAUUUCUACUAUGACUCAGUGGAAUCACUUCCUACCGAACCACUUGAUCCCAAUGAUUUUAGAGCAGUAAAUAGCCGUUAUGAUGCACAAAUAUCUGUUUUCGGAUCCCGGUUACAGAAGAAAUUAGAAGAAGCUAAAGUGUUUGUCAUCGGAUCUGGUGCUUUGGGAUGUGAGUUCCUGAAGAAUCUCGCCCUGAUGGGAGUUUCUUGUGGAAGUCAGGGGAAGCUGACACUUACUGAUGAUGAUGUUAUUGAGAAGAGUAACCUAAGCCGGCAGUUGCUCUUUCGUGAUUGGAAUAUCGGACAAGCUAAGUCUACUGUUGCUGCAUCAGCUGCUGUUUCUAUAAAUCCUUCUCUGAAUAUUGAAGCACUGCAAAAACGUGUUGGACCUGAAACUGAAAACGUGUUUGAUGACACGUUUUGGGGAAACUUGAGUGUUGUGAUUAAUGCACUAGACAAUGUGAGUGCUAGACUGUAUGUCGAUCAGAGAUGCUUGUAUUUCCAAAAGCCUCUCCUAGAAUCAGGAACUCUGGGAGCAAAAUGCAAUACCCAGAUGGUCAUUCCCCACCUGACAGAAAAUUAUGCUGCCUCUAGAGAUCCUCCCGAGAAAAUGACACCAAUGUGUACUGUGCAAUCAUUUCCACACAACAUUGACCACUGCCUGACAUGGGCUCGAUCUGAAUUUGAGGGAUUGUUUGAGAAAACGCCAGCUGAAGUAAAUGCUUAUUUGUCCAGCCCAAUUGAAUAUGCUAAUGCAAUGAAGAAAUCUAAUGAUUUUUCAUCAAGGGACAACUUGGAGCGUGUUUUCAAGUGCCUUCAUAGGGAAAAGUGUGAGACCUUUAAAGCCUGUGUUACAUGGGCUCGGCGAAAGUUUGAAGAUUAUUUUGCUAAUCGGGUGAAGCAGUUGAUUUACAAUUUUCCUGAGGAUGCUCUAACUAGUACUGGAGUUCCGUUUUGGUCUGCUCCGAAAAGAUUCCCUCGUCCACUGCAGUUCUCAGCUUCUGAUCCAGGUCAUCUUCAGUUUGUGAUGGCAGCAUCUAUACUGCGUGCAGAAACAUUUGGCAUUCCCAUCCCUGAUUGGGUGAAGAACACGAGGAAGCUGGCUGAAGCAAUUGAUGAAGUGAUAAUACCAGAUUUUAAACCAAAGAAAAAUGUGCGGAUAGUGACAGAUGAGAAUUCUACAAGUCUCUCAGGAGAUGAUGCAGCUGUUAUUGACGCUCUAAUAUUCAAAUUAGAGCAGCUCCGGGCAAACCUACCGCCAGGUUUCGGGAUGAAACUAAUCCAGUUUGAGAAGGAUGAUAAUACCAACUACCACACGGACCUUAUAGCUGGGCUUGCCAACUUGAGGGCUAGAAACUACAACAUUCCUGAGGUUGACAAGUUUAAGGCCAAGUUGAUUGCAGGACUUAUCAUUCCUGCAAUUGCAACCUCAACCGCCAUGGCCACUGGUCUCGUCUGCCUGGAGCUCUACAAAGUUUUGGACAGAGGGCACAAAGUCGAGGACUAUCGAAACACAUACGCUAACCUCGCACUCCCUCUCUACUCAGUGUUUGAGCCACUUCCACCCAAGGUUCACAAACAUCAGGGUAUGAGUUGGACAAUUUGGGAUAGGUGGUUUCUGUAUGACAAUGUUACUGUGAGGGGACUUCUUGAGUGGAUGAAGAAGAAAGGCCUAAACGCUUAUAGCGUUUCAUCCGGAAAAUCCCUGAUCUACAACAAAAUGUUCCCUAAGCACCAGGAGCGAAUGGACGAAAAACUGGUGGAUUUAGUUAGAGAAGUGGCCAAGGUGGAACUCCCUGCAUACCGUCGACACUUCGACGUUGUGGUCGCCUGUGAGGAUGAUGAGGGUAAAGACGUUGACACCCCUCAAAUAUCCAUUUAUUACCGUUAG